CCGUUCUCCCUGAUCUCAGAUUCCAAGGACGCUGCAACCAGCCCCCGAAGGGCCUCAGGAAAUGGGGUGGGGGGGUAUCCUUGCCAACCGGCAUCGGGCCUAGUGGAGAAGCCGGGCGGCAGCCAACGGCGGAGGGAUUAAAGGUCCAGAAGCGGUUGCUGAACCCAUCACUGUUGAGCAGGAGCUGCAGCCUUUUGGGGGUGGGGAGAAGAGUGCGGCCAGGCCAAAUCAGGCCUGCUUGCUGCGUUCCCGGCAAGCAACAGCAGGGUGGAUGCUGCGCUAUUGUGAAGGCAAACAUCAGGCUGUAACGACCAGGAGGCAACGUUGCCUAGAAGUCGUAGGUUGCGGGGGCGGGGGGGCCCUCCUGCACCCGGCUUGCUGGAGGCUCUCUGAGGCCUCCCGGCCAGGAGCAGGAGGCGUCAGCCGGGCCUCUGCCACUACCGCCGCCGCGGCCGCCGCCGCCGAAGAGGAGGAGGAGGAGUAGCAGCAGCAGAAGUGGCUGCCAUUUUGGAGAACAAGGCCCUGGAGGGUUUGCCUGACCCCAUUGUUGCUGUGUUUACUUCACAGGUUGAUGCCCGCCGUAGAGGAUGGAUCAGGCCUGCGAAGUGAGCAGGAGGGGCUACCUGUCCCCCUUCGCCAGCCCUUUGGCGUUAGGGGCACCGGAGGAGAACGGGGCCGGCCCUUACGGGGGGGAGGGUCAGAGCUGUAGCCCCGAGCCACCUAAUGGGUGCACCGCCAUGCAGUUUCCCUUAGCAGCGUCCAAGGCAGCCUAUGGGCAAAAUCCUCCUUCCUCUUGCUACAUCCCCCUGCGCAGGCUGCAGGAUUUGGCCUCCAUGAUCAAUGCCGAGUAUUUGAAUGGCUCAAAAAAUGGCUCUGAUUGUUUGCAGGAACUGGAAAGGAGCGACUCCAGCCCGGAGUUAUGCAGUUCUUCGGUGUUGGUGGAGGACACAGAAGAUUUCACCCAGCAGGACUCGGCAAGGCUUCUGGAUUUUGACACCCUGGCUCCUUGUUUGGAGGAAGAGAAGGAGAUGGAGGCUGAAACAUUGUUCCUAACGGCGGAUGAGGAUCCAGAGAAAGAAGUUAAGUUUGUGGUGGAAAACAGAAGCACAGCCACCUGCAGUAUGAAGGCAGAGUCUGACAAUGGGGCAAAAGUGUUUCAAGAAAUCCAACAGAGGGGCUCCAUAGAAAUUAGACACAAUGAGACAUUUUCUGCCUUGCUAUCCAACGCCAUCCUUCAGGAUCAAAUACAAAGUAAUACUUGCAAAGUGUCUGCUGUAGGAAGUAGAACUGAGAAAUUAGACAUGUACUCUAGGUCUUAUUUGCCUGGAGGUACAGAUCUGCAAAAAGAAAAACAAGGCAGCCUUACCAAGGCACCUGAAAAAGAAGAUCCAGAUCGCAGCCCCAUCACACUAGGAAGCUUGAUAGAAAGACUUGAAACAUCAAUUACUACAAAACAACCACCAACAGGAUUACCAUCUGUAAGCUGUCUUGCGGGUCGCACCAGCAAGAAACCUUCUCCAAUAAAAUAUGAAGACAGAGAUCUUGUAUGGGCAAAAUUCAACCGACGUCCAUGGUGGCCCUGUAAAAUUUGUGUUGAUCCCGUGUUAGAUACUCAUACAAAAAUGAAAGUUUCCAAUCGCAGACCGUAUCGAGAGUAUUACGUGGAAGCCUUGGGAGACCCAUCUGAAAGAGCGUGGGUUGUAGGAAAAGCUAUUGUUGUCUUUGAAGGAAGGCAUCAGUUUGAAGAAUUACCUGUCCUUCGGAGAAGAGGGAAACAAAAAGAGAAAGGUUAUAGACACAAGGUUCCUAAGAGAUUUAUGGCUAAAUGGGAGAUCAGCGUUGGCCUUGCAAAUGAAUAUCUGAAACAAAAUGGUACUCAAAAAUGCAUCCUGACGUCUAGCAAAACAGACAGGGAGAAGAAUGUCCAUUUAAUUGAAUCUUACACAAAGGGUUCCUUAAAUGAACAGAGCAAGCAGCUAAAUGGGUGUUUGAAGUCAUUGGCCUCGGACUCUAGACAUUCAACCCACGAUAAGGGAAAGAUGUUCACUAAAUCACGAAUGAAGAAGAGCUCUGACAACAGGAAGAGGGCCAGAAUAAGAAAAAAUAGCACCAAACUGGAGGCGUCCAAGAGAGAGAGCGGAGGAAAAGUGCCAGUGAGCGAAGCUAAAGAGAUGACCACUGCGGAUUUGCCUGAUAAACAAGCAUCUCACGAACUUUGCAGAAUAGCAAAGAGCUUAUUGGGGUCCAAAGGCACUGUGGAAAAUUAUCUGCUCUCCUCCUUUGGAGAAAGACAGUUUGAAACUAAAUUGAAGAAAACAGAGCAUGAGAUAUCUCAUAGAGAUGGCCAGCCGGAGACAGCCAAAGUAGAUUUGAAGAAAAAGAAGAACUCAGCAGCAGGCAUCAUGGGCAGUUCAAAACUACAGCAGCACCGUCCUGCAACUGAUGCUGGAGCUGAGAGGAAACAAAUGGACUCUGAUUCGUCAGAUGAUGGUACCUGUGAUCUAGACUCCUUUGACCAAAGCAUAGCAGCAGCUGCUGCCUAUAGUGCCCUGAAAAAUUGUGACUCUGUAAAUAAAAAAGGAAAGGAACAGUCUUCAGGACAAAGAAAUGUUAAACGUUUUGCUCAUGUCUCAAAAAGUGGCAGUAAAAACCGCAAAUCUCUGGAGGGCCCUCUAGAUAGGAAUGCCCACGUUGACGCAAGAGGAGAAGAGUUCUGCAAGCCAUCCUUUGCAGAUGAGGUCACUUCAGCUUACAGGAAUGACAAUCUUUCCUUUACAGAUAAGCACACUACACUCCAAAGUAAGGGGUUUACUAGUCAAAUGGAUACAAAACAACUUCAGUUCAGAAGUAUAAAAUGCAAGCAUAAAGGAACUGCUGCAGAGAGAGAUUUCUCUCCUAAGGAAGAUGAACGUAGCUCCGACGGCUGCUUUCCUGCUACCAAAGGUUCUCAUGGGUCUCAGUUAGAUGCAGCUACCAAAAGGGGAAAGGUUGAUGGCCCUAAACUGCUGAACAGCACUAAUGCAAAGUCUUCUGAUGCUGCUGAAAUAGAGACAGCAGUUGUGAAGCAUGUACUUUCAGAACUGAAGGAGCUGUCAUAUGGUUCUCUAAAUGAUGACAGUAAAGACGGCGGACCUCCUAAGACCACAACACCCUUACUCUUUUCAUCUGUCUCUGGGCAGAAUCAUUUGCCUAUUAAGCCUGAUUAUAAGUUCAGCACCUUAUUAAUGAUGUUGAAAGAUAUGCAUGAUAGUAAGACAAAAGAAAAGCAGAUCAUGACUACUCAGAACAUAGUCUCUUUCCCAAGUUCUAACAGCAGUGAUAGUGCUGGAAAUAACACUCCAAGUGAUUUGACAUCUAUGCCUACUGUGGGAACUACUCACACCUUAGGAAAAAACCAAGAUAGUGUUCAAGAACCAGAGUGUCAGAAACCCAAAGAAGGUCAGUCCUCUUUUUCACAUGGUAUCACAACCAAGUUGAUAGAUGCUGGUGCUAAAAAAAGGGAACUCGCAAAUACUGUUUCUGGGAUAAACUGCACUUCAAGGCGCAGCUGUCCCAAACCUAAACCACUGUCCAACCUUCUAGCUAAAGCAGCAUCAGAGGGCCAGUCUCUAAGCCAGUUGCCCAGUACAGCUGAGCGUGUGCCCCAUCAGCAUAGAGCUCUCCAAAGCUCAGCUGCUAGCGCUUUAGACCAUGCCAAGGAAGAUAUUUCAAGGAAUGUACCGUGGGAGUUGGUGGAACCCUCCCCUGUUGAAGACUCGGCAAGUUCCUCUGAUGGCAGUUUAGAUCAUGUAAGAAUGAAGUCAGAAUCUGAUAAAAAAAGAGAGAGCUACAGCUCCUUUGCAAAGGGGGCGUGCCUAGAGAUGGAUUCAGGACGGAAUAGAAAAGGGUCCCUGGGUGAUGAGCCUAAAGAUGUAAGCCACACAGCACCCAAAAAGAGAUGGCAGCGCUUUAAUCAAAGCAGUGCUAAAGCUGUUGCACAUUCAGAGAAAAAACGCCUUAGAAAGCCAAGCAAGCGGCUUCUGGAAUAUGCAGAAGAGUAUGAUCAUAUAUUUGCACCUAAGAAGAAAAAGAGGAGCCAGGAACCAUUUCGGAAGGCAAGUUCUUUAGAGAAGUCUGAAACCAAACAUGUAUGCAGCCCCGACCAAGCUCAUGAUAGUGAUCUAGAAAAGAAGCCUUUAGACUCAGUUUCAUCUGCUUCUUCGUCUAAAGAAUCUCCUCCAGUUCUUGAAGCAGAGGGUUCUCUCUUGGAUGAACCUGACUCCCAUUGCCUAGAACCAAGAUCAGAAAUGCCAGUUUUGACAUUGUCAUCACCAAAUGUGUUGCAAGCUGCUACUACGGUCACUCCUCCUCCUCCUCCUUCACAGGGAGAGGAGCAGUUAAUGAUAUCAGGGAGCUUUGAGAGCAAACGGCAGAGGAAACCAACUAAAAAGCUCUUGGAAUCCAAUGAUUUGGAUACGACCUUUAUACCAAAGAGGGAGUGGACUUCCAUAAAGAAGUGUUCCGAGGCUGGUCCUUUGGAUACUGAAAUAUCUGAUCUUUGUCCAACAUCUCAUCCUCUGGAUGGUGGUGAAGCUCCUGAAACGUUUUCUGGGAAACAGAGGAAGCGAAAGCGACAGCGGCGCACUUUAUCUGCAGCCCCGUAUAAAAAAGACAAGGGUGAAGACAUGCAGGGGGAAACCUCAAACUCUGAGGGAAAUAGGACUACUCACGAGACAAAUGAAAGCUCCAAGGAGACCACUGAGGAAGGGUCUGAAAAUGACCAUGCAGUGCCUUCAUCCAAAAAAAUGCAGGGGGAGCGAGGUGGAGGAGCUGCCCUCAAGGAGAACGUGUGUCAGAUCUGUGAAAAGCCAGGCGAGCUGCUACUGUGUGAAGCUCAGUGUUGUGGUGCUUUCCACCUGCAGUGCCUUGGGCUCUCCGAAAUGCCAAAGGGCAAGUUUAUCUGCACUGAGUGUUCCACAGGGGUCCAUACCUGCUUUGUAUGUAAGAAAAGUGGAGAAAAUGUGAAGCGUUGCUUGCUUCCCUUGUGUGGGAAAUACUACCAUGAAGAGUGCAUACAGAAGUAUCCUCCCACCGUCAUGCAGAACAAGGGCUUUCGGUGCUCUUUGCACAUCUGCAUGACUUGCCACGCAGCUAAUCCAGCGAACGUCUCUGCAUCUAAAGGCCGCUUGAUGCGUUGUGUUCGAUGUCCUGUUGCAUAUCACUCCAAUGAUUUCUGCCUUGCCGCUGGCACAGUGAUCCUUGCAUCCAACAGCAUGAUCUGCCCAAAUCAUUUUACUCCUCGAAGGGGCUGCAGAAACCAUGAGCAUGUUAACGUUAGCUGGUGCUUUGUCUGUUCAGAAGGUGGGAGCCUUUUGUGUUGUGAGUCUUGCCCCGCUGCCUUCCACCGGGAGUGCCUGAACAUCGACAUGCCAGAAGGGAGCUGGUACUGCAAUGACUGCAAGGCUGGCAAGAAACCACAUUACAAAGAGGUGGUAUGGGUGAAAGUGGGCCGUUACAGAUGGUGGCCAGCUGAAAUUUGCCACCCUAGAACUAUUCCUGUCAACAUUCAGAAAAUGAAACAUGUCAUUGGUGAAUUUCCUGUCCUUUUCUUUGGAUCAAAUGAUUACCUUUGGACCCAUCAAGCUCGUGUCUUUCCUUACAUGGAAGGGGACGUGAGCAGUAAGGACAAGAUGGCAAAGGGAGUGGAUGGCGUGUACAAGAAAGCUCUGCAGGAAGCUGCUACGAGAUUUGAAGAACUGAAAGCACAGAAGGAACUGAGGCAGCUACAGGAAGACAGAAAGAAUGACAAGAAGCCCCCUCCAUACAAACAUAUCAAGGUAAACCGGCCCGUAGGCAAAGUGCAGAUCUUCACAGCAGACUUGUCGGAGAUUCCCCGUUGCAACUGCAAACUAGGAGAUGAAAACCCUUGUGGCAUAGACUCGGAGUGUAUCAAUCGCAUGCUGCUCUAUGAAUGUCACCCUGCUGUCUGUCCAGCCGGGGAGCGCUGCCAAAACCAGUGUUUCACCAAGAGGCAGUAUCCUGAAGUAGAAAUCUUCCGCACACUCGCACGAGGCUGGGGCUUGCAGGCCAAAAGAGACAUUAAAAAGGGUGAGUUUGUGAAUGAGUAUGUGGGAGAACUGAUAGAUGAGGAAGAAUGCCGGGCUAGAAUUCGCCAUGCUCAAGAGCAUGACAUCACCAACUUUUACAUGCUGACUUUGGACAAGGAUCGAAUCAUUGAUGCUGGACCAAAGGGUAAUUAUGCUCGAUUUAUGAACCAUUGCUGCCAGCCAAACUGUGAGACUCAGAAAUGGUCAGUGAAUGGAGAUACCCGGGUUGGGCUUUUUGCCCUUACAAAUAUCAAAGCUGGGACGGAACUGACUUUCAAUUACAACCUGGAGUGUCUGGGGAAUGGGAAGACUGUUUGCAAAUGCGGCGCUCCAAACUGCAGUGGCUUCCUUGGCGUCCGACCAAAGAACCAACCACCUGCCUCAGAAGAGAAAUCCAAGAAGCUUAAGAGGCGGCAUGGAAAGCGAAAGUCACAGGCAGAAGUCUUGAAGGAGCGAGAGGAUGAAUGUUUCAGCUGUGGGGAUGGUGGACAGCUGGUUUCUUGCAAAAGGCCAGGCUGCCCCAAAGUGUACCAUGCCGACUGCCUCAAUCUGACCAGGCGACCUGCAGGGAAAUGGGAAUGCCCCUGGCAUCAGUGUGAUGUGUGUAGCAAAGAAGCAGCCUCCUUCUGUGAGAUGUGCCCCAGAUCCUUCUGCAAGCAGCAUCGAGAAGGCAUGCUGUUCAUCUCCAAAUUGGAUGGGCGCCUGUCAUGCACAGAACAUGAUCCUUGUGGACCUCACCCUCUAGAGCCAGGAGAGAUUCGUGAGUAUGCGCCUUCCACAGAAUCAUCAGCUGGCUCCCAAAACACUCAGCCAUCAGACCAGCAGCCUGUGGCUACAAGCCCGAAAUCUCAGCCAUCAGAGAAGCUACCUCUGACCGUGGCCUUGAGGUUGCAGUCCACAGAUAAGCCACCAUCCUCUUCCUUGGCUCUGAGGCUAAAGGCCUCAGAUAAGCCACCAUCUUCUGUUGCACUGAAGCUGCAGUCCUCAGAUAAAUCACCUUCCACAGUGGCACUGAGGCUACAACCAUCAGACAAACUGCCCUCUACCCUAGCCCUGAGUUUAAAACCCUCAGACAAAUUGCCCUCCACUCUGUCCCUGAGGUUAAAGCCCUCAGACAAAUUGUCUUCAGCCCUGGCCCGUAGGUUGCAGUCAUCAGACAAGCCACUCUCUGCUGUGGCUCUUAGAUUACAUCCCUCAGAAAAAUCACCUUCUGCUGUGGCCCUGAGGUUGCAGCCCUCUGAAAAACCAAACUCCAUUGAUGCCCAGAAGUUGCAACCCUCAGAAAAGCUAUCCUCCAUUGCAGUUGAAGAGUUGCAGCCCUCAGACAAACCACCGACCAUCGAGGCAUCAGCAUCUCUGGAUAAGCCACCUGCCACAGAGGAUUCAAGGCCUCAGGUAACAGACAAAAAAUCCUCUUUGGAAAAGCUAGGCCCUGAGAGGUCAGGCACAUCACCUUCUGCAGAUAGACCCAGUUCUCAGGUACUAGAUGAGUCAUCUGCCACAGCGACACCAACGCUCCAGGUUGUGGAGAAGCUGGCAGAAUGUGAGUCUUUGAAGUCCCAGCCGGUGGAUAAGGCCACUUCUGUUGGCCCACUGCCGCAACCCCCAGGCAAAUCUGUUCCUUCACUGAACCUCAGGUCUCAGCCACUGGCCAGGCCAGUCACCCCUAUAGCCCUAAGGUCUAAAGCAACAGAGAAGUCUGCCACUCCUGUGGGCCCAUUGCCUCAGACGCCCAACAGGCUUUCCACCCCAGUAGAUGUUCGGCCCCUGCCAUCAGACAAGACUACCAGCACAGGCACGAGGUCUCAACCUUCAGACAGGCUUCCUUCCCCGUUACAUCCAAGGCCUCCUCUGCUUUCAGAGAAAGCACUAAGGCCCGUUGACCAGAAUGCUCAGCCGAAAGAAAAAAGCUCUGCCACCCUGGAGCAGAAUCCGCAGCAGAAAGAACGGACACCUGUGUCUGAUGAGCAGUCUUGUAGGCCUACAGGGAAAUUUUCUACAUACACGGGACAAACAACCUGCCCCCUGGAGAACUUGCAAAUACAUGAAAAGACCCCAUGGCAUAGUGCAAAAGGACUCCCAUCUGUGGAGCCAUCACUUUGGACAGCUGAAAAACUGCAGUCUCCUGAACACAGUCUUUGCCCAGGCCAAGAAGCAACAUCUGUACCUUCCACAGAGCAGACAUUUUGGUCAACGGAGAGAUUGUGUGCAUUUGAACAACCCCCUUGGCCUGGAAGGGAAGCUCCACUGCCUGCUGGGCAAACUUCGUGGCUGCCCAGAAGCAUUCAGACAUUUGAGCAGAUCUCUUGGCUCUCUCGGAAAGCAGAAACACCUGUGGGGCAGGACAUUUUGCCUUUGUCUGAACAAAAUACGGUGCUAGUACUAAACCAGGACUCUCCUGGCCAUGAACCUACUGAGUCGAAACCUAAGUGAAGCCAGUUUGAGGCCAGACGGGUCACCAUAUUUGUUUUGUUCUGUUUUUUCUUUUUCCUUCUUUAAUUGUAUGGGGAAGGGUAUUUUGAUUUUUGGGGUUUGAAAAACACACAUUUCCCCAGAUCUUUGAUCCUUCGGCAACAUCACAUCCAGCUUAAAUGGAUACAUUUUACCUAAAUCUAAACAGUACCCAACCAAACCAGCCAGAAUAUAAUUGAUCUGUUUCUUUUCGUUUUGCAAACAAUAAAGCUGAAAUAAAGGGAUCCACUGUGGAUAAAAUCUCUAAAUCCAAUGAAGUAAUCAGACUACUAGUCCUGCACGUCUGAGUAGCAGGCUUGCAUCAAUGGUGUGUUUCCUAGACCACCUCACCAUAGUUUAAAAGAUGUAGAUUUCCUUACAUCUUUUCUCACUAAAUGCAUGCUAGCCAUUUUGCACUGGAACUUCAUAUAAAGCCAAACCAAGUCAAAGGACGGGACGUGAUCUUUUCCCCUACAAUCUUCUUUCUUUGCAGUUCUGUUUUAGGAGUGUUUGAUCUUCAGUAUACUGCAAGUUUAGAGUUUGUGAAAUACAGGUGCUUUUUGCAGCAGUGCAGUCGGGGUGGACAGGGACUGUUACUUGAAGUCAGUUGAAAAGCUCAGUUCUGCCAGGCAAAACGAUUCACUCCUCAUCUGAGGUUCCCUAUAGUUGGUGGCUAGAUUAAAGGAUAUUCAGAGACACCAUUUACUAGUUACUCUGAUGUUGGGACUCAGAUGCAAUGUAGCCCAGUUCACAUUUUGCAGAAUUUUUACCACUAGGGGCAACAGCAGGUUAGAGAAAUAAGAAAAUCUCUCUUCUGGAUUUUGCAAUGCAUCAUUCCUGUUUACUACCCUCUUUCUCUCCCUUGAUAUCAUGGCAGCCAGAAUUCUUUGUUAGUGUGGACAACAAAUGUCGCCUUCUUCUACAGCAAAUAUGCUUAGAAAUAAUGUUUGCAUUGGGUACAUAGUUUGUGCAGCUUUGGUGCAUUACUCUGACUAAAGCAUCAUGUAAUUCAGAAGAUGGAACAGAAUUAAGAGCCCAUCUGAGAAUAAUUGUGUCCAAGAUGGAGCAUGUAUUAUUAAUCCUACUCUGAAAGACGACUUGAAUUUAACUGGAUUACACUGAAGAGUCUCUUCAGUGAUAUCCAUGGUCAUAGUUCUCACACUGGAACAUGAAGGGCUGUAGCACCUGGCUGAGAUCUCAGUUCUUUUCCUUCAUCUUCAUUUUUCAAUCAUGGCAUGGAAGUAUAUCAUUCAGGUAUGAAUCUGGUGGAAAUAUUUAUUUAGUGUCACCUAACCAUGGAAAAAUGUUACCUGCAGACAGAAAAACAGUUUGCUGUGGUACUGAUCAGUUUUCACUGUAGAAUUGUAACGGGAUCAGAGAAGUUAUAAUCUGAGCCUAAAUCUAUCUAUCUGCUGAUCUUCAAUGUAAGAAAGGCAGGGCAACACACUAUGCAGGUAUUUCACAUUGUGAUUUCAGUUUAACACUAGGAUGGCAGGAAGCAGCUUGACUGUUACACACGUGCCUCUCCUGCUCACUUUGGCCUAUUUAUUUAGGUUUCCCUUACCCUGGCAGCUGGAGUCAACACAGUCUGCCAUAUUCCCAGUUCAAUGAAGGCUUUCUUUUCCCCCUUUUUUUACCAGCUCUUCUAGUCCUAUCCCAGCCCAGAUCCCUUCACCUUGAAACAGAGAGUGCUGGAGUGUUCCGGUCCUGUAGGCAGUUGUGCUGGUAUUGCAGUUUAUAUACCACGCAGUGGCAGUUAGAAUUUCAGUCUGUUACUUUUUCUGGUGUCGGCUUUCCACUAUGAUCAUACCUGCUCAGCACCGCAAAACAUUCCCUACAUGGUUGUGCAUCUUCUCCUCUUCUCUGAACCAUUUUACUCUUUAAGUGCAGCUAAAUGACUUUGCAAACCCAUUAUGGCUAACGGGGUUUCAGUGCUUGGCACGGUUUUCCUUGAAGACCUGCAGGAGGCCGAGUGCGGCUCAUUGCUGGAAAUGGAGAAAUGCAAACAUUUUUUUUGCUUCUGCAUACUCCUGCAAAAAGAAAAACAGGACAUUUCUUCUGAAAAUUUGAGACAGAAACAAGAAGCCAAGGGCGUUUUACUAAAACAUUUUUUAAAGUGAAAAUACCAUCUUUUUAAACGAGCAAGCCAACCCAAUCAUCAUGCUCUGAAUAUUAAAUAUUUCUCAUGUGUGGAAUAAAUAAAUAAAUAAAGCUCUAAAAAUUUUAAAAUAUUUAGGCCUUCCUGUGAGCUGGACUUUGUCAUGUAGAUUGUGUGUUUAGGGCUUCCUUUGUGCCAGCCUCCCUCAGCCAGCUGUACUUUGUAACAAGAAAGAUACCUGCACUGCUUUGUCCAACUCUGUUCUUCUUGCAAUGUCAUGUGUUUUAACUAGCUAUUUGUUUCAUGAAAAACAACUAUAAUAAACUGUGAAUAUUUUUGGUGGAGGCUACUUUAAA